AUGAGAUUUACGGCACCUUUGAAGAAACUAACGGAUUUGGCAGCCAUCCGAACCGAUUUCAAUCAGAGAGCCAUCGAGAAUGGGGACUUUGAGCUCGAAGAUCCGGAGCGCUGGCAGAAAAAUUGCCCCGAAACACAACGCAAGUUGUCUCUGAGAGAACCCCUGUGUGCGUUAAAAUCGGUUUACCCAGACAAAGCUCACUCCGGAACGACCGAUAAUUGUUCAGUCCAGACCCAUAUAGAGAUGGGGGAUCAGAAAGUGUCUUGUUUGUCUGAUACAUGUGCGGCGGUUUAUACAGCAGAACUUCAGUCAACUGAUUCAUUAGAAACCUCGAAUACGGCAGAGGAGAUAGCUGGAGGAAACGAGCCGCAAGUUGAUAGUGCAGCAAAUCGAACUUUCUCCAUUGGGAACAUGACGGACAAGCAAAGGUUCGCCAAAUCGCUAAACAAAAUCACAAGCAAGUUAAUAAUGGAAACCAAGCGCCAUGUUGGAGGCCGUACAGGUGACCCUGAAGAGGCGAAGUUACUCGCUAGAUGGCGAAGUUAA